GCCUCUCUUGUCUUGGUCUCAGGCAUCCCCCUGCUGGGUUUCCUCUUCCUGCUGCCGCUGUCCAUCCCGUGGGCACGGAUCUCGGUGGGCUGGCUGGCUGUGGUGCACUACCUGGCCUGCGUGGUGCCCCAGCUGGGAAGCGUGCUCUACCAUCUCUUCAUGAACCACGAGGGGGGCCCCGCUGUUUACCACACUCUGCUCACCCUCGACAUGUGCGGGGUCUGCAUGGUCAACACCCUGGGUGCCCUGCCCAUCAUCUACUGCACCCUGGCCUGCUCUCCACUUCCCCGCACGGCCUCCCUGCUGGCCUACACGGCGCUGUCCAGCUACGCCAUCUUCUGUGCGGUGACGGCCCACUCCAACGUGCGGCGGCUCUGCUCCUUUGCCUGGCAGGCCCUCUUCCGCUUCUUCUUCUUCUACCUGCGCUGGGCAGGCCUGGGCACGGGCCACCCCUCCUCGCUGCGCUCGUACCUCAUCAUGGAUGGCCUGGCGCUUCUGGGGGGCGUCAUCAACAUCUCCCGCGUGCCUGAACGCUGGCAGCCCGGCCGCUUCGACUACUGGUUCAACAGCCACCAGAUCAUGCACGUGCUGGUGGUGGUCAGCAUCCUCUACCUCCACUGGGGGGUGGUGGCCGACCUGCUGUGGGUCACCAACUACGCCUGCCCCCAGGACUGACCAGACCCGCCAGCCAGUGAGGAUGGUGUGACCUUGUAGCUGCAUCCCUCCAGGUCAUUCCAUGAUUGAUUCCCAUUGGCCCGGGGAGGAGGGGUCAGGAUGGCCAACAAUAGACUCCCAUUUGCUGAGGCAUCUUCUGGAUCCACUCCUGUUUGCUCCAAGGUGUCUUCUGGAUGGCUAGCGAUGGAGUCUCAUUGGCCAAGGUGUCUUCUGGAUCCACUCCUGUUGGCCAACAAUGGAUUCCCAUUGGCCAAGGCACCCUCUACACUCCUUUUGGCCAGGGGUCUUCUGGAUGGCCUGCAAUGGAUUUCUAACGGUUCUGGCGACUUCUGGAUCACCAGAGCAGGAGUCCCAUGGGCUGAGAGUAAUUCUGGACCACCAGGGAUGGAACCUAUAGGCUGCGAUCCACUGGAGCCUUCUGGAUCACCAGCAAUGUUUGCCCAUAGGGACUGGGGGCAGAAUGGGGGCACUGUUUUGGUGAGAGAGGGAGUGGAGCAGCCCCUCUGCCCUUUAGACCAUUUAUCCAGGUAUCCUACAGACGUUGACACCAUGCAAUACUUUCUACUUUUUAAAGGGCUGAUGAGGUA